AUGACCUUCCUCAGAGACCUUAUUCGCGAUGAGCGCAUCAUCGGCGCCGGCAUCGGCCUGCUCGCAACCGCAACCGUCGGAAUAGUUUACUUCUUCCUCGAGGCUGUGCAGGAAUCAAACGAGGUUACCUUACCGCCACCAAAAGCUACAUAUAUCACACAGGAGACUGAAGACUCGCUCCAGCCAGAGACACUCGAGAGCUUAUUGGGUCAUUACAACUAUGCGAUCCGGGAGGUGGCCUCCAAGAUCGUGUGCGACAGGGCACUGAACGAUCCGGCGACCGUCGAUUUUUUGCUAUGGGGCAUCACGCGGCCCGACUACGAUGAGCGCUUCAGGAGCCUGCGGACUUUGGCGCUGAUCACCGACCAGGCACACCUCAGCAUUCUGCACACACCAAAGGCAUACUCGGCGCUCGUGAGAUCGCUCGAGUUCUGCGCGCUCGAGUUCCCAUGCGAGCGGAUGCUUGAUCCGUACCACGACGACUACUACCUCCGUGACAUGGCCGAGAAGUUUUGCCUCAUGUUUGUGGCGCAGUUGAUAAAAAAGUACGACCCGGAGCUCCUCAUCAAGGCUCGGUUCGUGGAGAAGUGGCUCGCACGCCAGCCGUGGGGCGAGGGCGAGGAGGAGCGGCAGCAAAACUUCUCGCAGUACGUGUCGCGACGGCUGAACAGGAUCAGCGAGGUCUGUAGGCUCGUAAAGGAGUCUUAUGCAGGACGCAAGGCACUGCAGGACGCGGGCUUGAUCACUAAGGAGGAGGCGGCGGGUUCCGAGGCGGACGAGUGUGGACAUCACCACGAGGCGGCCAGGUUGAGUUUGGUGCUAAGCAUAACGGGCGAGGCUAUAGACCUGCGCGAGGUCGAAACUUACCAGCCCAGGGUUCUAGAACAGAGCGCGGAGGAGCAGAGGCUGAGACGACAGCAUCGAGAGGCCAUGGUACUCAAUGACGGAACGAGGCCGCUUGAAAGGGGCGAUAUCAUUGAGAGAGGCCACGACUGA